AUGUGUCCAAGUGACGUCGCGUCGUCCCAAGGGCAAACUGCGGCCGCGGAAUUACAGCUGCUCAUCCGCAGUAGUGGCAUUAAUCGUCACGCGUACACGCGUCGAGGAGAACGGACCUCAGUUUGUUUGCAGUGGCCGUCUACCUUGGGUGCUGGCUGCAGCGGGGUACGGGCCUGCUUUCGUACAAUCCUCGAGAAAGGCCAGUGCGACACGUCUGACGUGACGUAG